CCACAGCGGAGGUGCAAGGCCUGCUGGGAGUCGCACUUCCUCCUCUGGGGCCUGUAGAAACCACAGGGCCCGGCCCUGCCCAGGCCAGCCGCCCCCGGGGAGCCGGCAGGCAGCAUGGCGGAGGGCAAGGCGGGCGGUGCAGCAGGCCUCUUCGCCAAGCAGGUGCAGAAGAAGUUCAGCAGAGCCCAGGAGAAGGUACUGCAAAAAUUGGGGAAAACUGUAGAGACCAAAGAUGAGCGAUUUGAACAAAAUGCCAGCAACUUCUACCAACAGCAGGCAGAAGGCCACAAGCUACACAAGGACCUGAAGAACUUCCUUAGUGCAGUUAAAGUGAUGCACGACAGUUCGAAGAGAGUGUCUGAGACACUGCAGGAGAUCUACAGCAGCGAUUGGGAUGGGCAUGAGGACUUGAAGGCCAUUGUCGGGAAUAAUGAUCUCCUUUGGGAAGACUAUGAAGAGAAACUGAUUGACCAGGUUUUGAGGACCAUGGAAAACUAUGUGGCCCAGUUCAGCGAGAUUAAGGAGAGAAUUGCCAAGCGCAGUCGGAAACUUGUCGACUAUGACAGUGCCCGACACCACCUGGAGGCAGUGCAGAAUGCUAAGAAGAAAGAUGAUGCCAAGACUGCCAAGGCAGAGGAAGAAUUCACCAAGGCCCAGAUUGUCUUUGAAGAUCUGAACCAGGAACUAUUGGAGGAGCUGCCCCUCCUUUAUAACAGUCGCAUUGGUUGUUACGUGACCAUCUUCCAGAACAUUUCCAACUUGAGGGAUGUCUUCUACAGAGAGAUGAGCAAGCUGAACCACAAUCUCUAUGAGGUGAUGAGCAAACUGGAGAAGCAACAUUCCAACAAAGUCUUUGUGGUGAAGGGAUUGUCAAGCAGCAAGCGCUCUUUAGUCAUCUCUUCCCCAGUUCGUACGUCUCCAGAGGCCAGCCUGAGCCCUUCAACCUCACCUACAAGUCCUUCUGCCAACUCCUUGACCAGUGAGAGCGAAGCCAUCUUGGCAGCAGAGGAAGAGCUGCCCCCUGAGUCAGCUCAAAACGAAGAUGAUUUGGAUAUCAAAAAAGAGUCCUCAAAAGAUGAGGGAUUGGAGGAAGAUGGGUCUGAAGGAAGCUCCUCUGAGGAGGAAGAGCCUCUGUCAACCUGUAGUGGCUCAACCCAGGCCCAACUUUCUCCUACUACAGAGGGAGACAAGCCCCAGGAGGAAGAUCACCAACGCUCCCCUGCCCCAUCACCAGGCACAUCCCUGACCUCCUCCCAUCAGCCUCCAUCAUUUGUCCCAGAAGUAGUUCUCCGGACCCGCACCUCAAGUGAAGGAGCCGAACAACCAAAGAAGAAAGCCUCCAUCCAGAGGACCUCAGCACCCCCUAGUAGGCCUCCUCCACCCAGAGUCCCUGGGAGCCCCAGGCUCUCCUCAGGGAACAUGCCAUCCAGCCCACCUGCCUCUGGAGGGGGCUCACCUACCAGCCCCCGGGUCCUCUCCAGCUCUGGGACUCCAAGUCCUAGGGCCUCCUUAGAGGUCUCUCCUCAUCCAGAACCACCAGAGAAGCCACUGAGAACUCCUGAGGCCUUGGAAAAUGAGACCACCCACAAUCCCAGCACAGAAGAGCUUUACACUCCCCCCUCCUUGAGCACCUCUCAGGGCCAAGACCUUCAACUUCCUGUCUCUGUGGAGCCAGAAGAGAACAAGGUCACAGCACCUGAGCCUCCAGAAGAGGCAGGUCCAAGUGAGAAUGCACAACUCUGAAGAGAAACUGCCAAGACUUCCCAACCCCUAUCUCUCCAAAGAAGCCCCUUAAGCAGAGGGAAGAGGUCAAGGGGCAUAAUGCCAGAUUCUCAGGCCAAAUGAAUGCUGGGAAUCUCUAAAGACCUGGCAAUUCAUUAAUGGAGGCUGAGGAAGAUGGGAGGGAGGAAGGUUUGGGAGAGGAGAAUGUCUGACUUGGAUUUUUUUUUUUUAAUUCAGGCUUGAGCAUUGUUAGAAGAAUAAGACUUUAUUAUACUGGGGUUGUAAUGACUAAAGAAUGCAAGUAGCUGUAGACACAUCCACUUGCCCAUGCACAGACACAUAAUCACAAACACGCAUGAUCAUGAACAAAUACACCUUCAACUUAACCACUGGAACGAACAGAUUUUCAAAUUGUUAAAUAAAGUAUGAUUGUGACUA